GCCAAGUUUGGAAAAUGUUUGUAAUCAAAGCAGUUUUUACAAGGACGAAUAAGUAUCGAAGACUUCCUGUCGAUGGACAACAACAAUGGCGGAGGACAGCGAUGCCGCCUCAUCAACAGGAAGGGUGCGCCGACGCAAAGCUCGGGAAUCUGGAACCGAUAAAGAUGAUCACGUUAACGAAAAUGUUGAUACACAGUCCAACAAUAUAGAUAAAACAUUAUUAGAUACGCUUGAUUGCAAAUUAGAACAUGGCACAUACUGGCUUACCAGGAUACUGUUGUUGCGAUUUCUCGGGUUUAUAUAUUUUGUAGCUUUUCUUGUGGCUUUAAACCAAAACAAACAACUCAUUGGCAAAAAUGGAUUGAUUCCUGCUGCCAAUUUCCUGAAAAAAGUUGAAGCAGCAUCAGGUGGGAUAAACCUGAAUUCCUUCAGCUAUGUACCAAGUGUUGUGUGGCUGGUGGAUUACCAUAGCAACCUGGACAGUUUCCUUGACUAUGUUGCCUACCUUGGGAUGAUCUUAUCCAUGAUUCUCAUCAUCAAUGGUGGAGCGAACUGGUUCAUCAUGCUGUCGCUCUGGAUACUCUACCAUUCCUUAGUCAAUGUUGGCACAACUUGGUACGUAGAAAAUGGCAGAGAAGGUGUUGGCCCCUGGGUGACCAACGAAUUCAAUAUAUCCCUUACUUCAGGUUUGAUAAAACUUCGUGGUGACCAGUGCUGGAGAGAUCUUACCUGCAUGAAUUAUCACUACCAGACCCAGCCAGUACCCAAUCCCCUUAGCUAUUAUCUGCACCAAUCACCAGAGGCCUUUCAUCAUUUUGAGACGAUGUCCAAUCAUUUUGUAGAACUCAUUGUACCUUUGUUUUUAUUGCUGACGAGAAGGAUGGUCAUUAUUGGAGGAGCCAUUCAAGUUCUGUUUCAGGUCAUCCUUAUAACGAGUGGAAAUUUAAGUUUCCUUAACUGGCUGACCAUUGUCCCAAGUCUAGCCUGUUUUGAUGACACCAGUGUGGCCUGGAUGUUUUCUGACCGUAGAGAUUCUGUAAAGUGGAAGGUCAAGAAUAUACAACAGCUGACCAAAGAAGGACGCUAUACACUGAAACCUGGUAAUUAUAUUCGUAAAUUAUUCAACCUGAGUGUUGGAGCCCUCAUCGCAUACCUAAGCAUUCCGGUAGUCCAGAACCUUGUAUCUCCUAGGCAGGCCAUGAACACCUCAUUUGAACCUCUUCGAAUUGUGAACACUUAUGGAGCAUUUGGCAGCGUGACUAAGGAGAGGACAGAGAUUAUACUACAGGGAACGUACGACAACCCUUACGACCAGAAGGCUGUGUGGGAGGAAUACGAGUUCCAUUGUAAGCCUGGCAACGUCACACGGCGGCCAUGUUUGAUCUCACCCUACCACUACAGACUCGACUGGCUUAUGUGGUUUGCGGCAUUCCAGAGUUAUGAAAAGAACCCCUGGCUGGUGCACCUCUGUGUAAAGCUAAUGGUAAACGAUGAAGAAACCUCAUCUCUGAUAGCACACAACCCUUUCCAGGGCCGUGAUCCCCCACAAUAUAUACGCCUGCAACACUACAAGUAUACAUACACGAAGAUAGGCAGCAAAGACGCCAAAAAUGGAAAAUGGUGGAAAAGAAAAUUUAUUGAUUCCUACCUUAAUCCAAUUUCUCUUAAGUCUGUGAAGGAGUAUAUGAAACAGAUGGAUUAUACCAUGCCUCGUAAGAAAGCGAAACGAAAACUUAAAAGUCAGUUUUAAGAUUAAUUUUACGUUGUUUUCCUAUUUCUCCUGUUAAUGAUGCUUUACCCUUAUGUUAAUAAAAUUUACC